AUGGCCUCGCUGGCCGCGGCCGAGCCCCCCGGCCGGCGGGCAGCCUCCCGCUCCCCGGCCCUCGGCCCCUCUCGCAGCGGCGGCGAAAGACGCAGGAACUCCCCGGACACCGCCAAGGAUGCACUGUUGAGAUCAGUGGAUUUGAAUCACGUCAUCACACUACUCAAAGGUUCGGGCUCUAAAGAUUUGGAAGAGCAGCUGAAAACUCUCAAGAAGGUUGUCAAGCAUUUUGAAAAUGGACUUCCCCUUAAGAAUGUAGCACAAAUUACUGAAAUUCUUAACCUGUGUGCAGAAAAAAUCAAUGAACAAGAAGCUUUCACUGAGCCUUUAUGUGAACUUAUUAAAUUGUUUGGGUUACCAUUUCAAAAGAAGAAGUCAUCUGAUGAAGUAAACUAUUCCGUUGAAGUUUCACAAUCCAUUGCACAACUGGGUUACUUGAUGAGAGUGCCAAGCUCUCAAGUUAAAAUACAAAUCUGUAAGAGUAUUGUCAGCUUUUAUAAUAUAGAGCUACCAGGAAAACUACUUUCAGGUUACCAGCCAGCAAGUGCAAACUAUAAAAUCCAUAUGGCUGAAGAAGGAGGAUUAGCAGAAGCUCUUGUUUUGUCACUAGCAUUAGUUGAAAAUCAACUUAAUGAGAAGUUGUGGGUACUAAAAGCUCUCCAGCAUCUUUCUACCUCUGAAAUGAGUUGCAGACAAAUGGUGAAGGCCCAAGCAGCCAGCAGGCUUUGUUUGUAUCUAAAUGGUGCUGAUCCCUCAGGACAGCUGGUGUUCCGUUCCUCAGACAUCCUAUGGAGCCUGCUAGAAAACGCCUCAAAAGAAGAAGUGGUUAAUCAGCUCAGCAGCUUGGAAUGUGUGCAUGCUUUGAAAGAAGUGUUUGUUGACCUUGUCACACGUGGCUUCCGGCACUGCGAUCAUCAGCUACGGAAUGACCUCUUGGUGAUUGCCACAUUACUGGCUAAAAACCCUCCAGUACCUAUGAUUGAAAGCGGAUUUGCAAAGCUCUUAAUAAUACUUGCAACAUUUACUGAAGUUAAACUUCCCAAUCCCUUGGUAAAAGGUUUUAAACUUACCUACUCAUAUGAGGAUUUUGAGAUGAAGAAGUUACUAUUUAAUAUAAUAGCAAUCUUAUCUAAAGACCCAUCUGCUGCACAGCUCCUCAGUGAAAAUCAUGUGAUGCCAGCUUUGCUUUAUUAUGUAAAACUAAAUCAUCAAAAGCCUGGAUUUCCUGGCUGGUCUGCUGCCCAAUAUGAAGAACUGCAGCUUCAUGCAAUUGCUGUUUUAGCUUCCGUGGGUCCUGUGUUAGUAGAUAAAUAUUUGUCCUGCCAAGCGAAUACUCUUCUCCUUGUGUUUCUAGAAUGGUGUAUAGGCCAAGAUCCUUUCUUUGGUCAAGGUCACAGUUUCCAUGGAACAGGUGGUCGUGGCAACAAACUUGCACAAAUGCGCUACAGCCUCCGAGCGCUGAGAUCUGUUGUGGCCCUUUAUGAUGAUGCUGUGAGCAUGAAUUUGUGUGACCAGGGAGCAAUUAGCCAGCUACUGGACAUCUUAAAGUAUGCAGCAGACAAGGCUAAAGAAAACGAAGGCACCAUUCUACUGGAAAUCCAAGCUGACAUAUUAUUUAUUUUGUCUGUUCUCUGUGAAAAUGAUGUCCACAGAAAGGAACUCUUCAGCUGUGAAGGAAUUGAUAUACUUAUCCCAUUCUUUAAGAUGGAUCCAAUGAAGUUAUAUAGUGGAUUAGGCCACAAUUGUCUCCUCCUGAGUGCACUCGACUGCUUGUGGUCCUGUGUCAUUGGAUGUUACAUUGCAGAGGACUCUUUUAUUGAAAAACAGGGCAUUUUUCUCCUUCUGGAUUUGUUGGCAUUAAAGGAAAACUGCAAUAUAAUUCUUGGAAUCUUGGUUGAAUUUUCUGACAACCCUAAAACCACUUUACACAUGAGUAUCUGGCGAGGGAAGAGAGAUCAAACAGCAGCUAAUCUUCUAAUACAGUUAUGGAGACAGGAGGAGUUGGAUUUGGGAGUCAGACGUGAUCAGUAUGGAAGGAUUGUUGACACUAAGAGACCUAUUGUUACCAGCUUCCAGAAACUGCAAAAGGUCAUUCCAGUGCCUGCCAGCUGUCCCAGUUUUGCCAUCAUGGAAAUUUCAGAGAGCAUACGGGCAAAAGUUUAUUUACUAUUUUGCAAGCUGGGUUUUGAAAAUUUACCUGGCUUAUCUGCUAAGGAUUUUGUUACACUUGCUAUUAUACAACGUUAUAUUGACUUUAAAAUUGGAGAGGUUUGGAGUGAAAUAUGUGAAGAGAUAAAAGAAGAAUUCAGGCCAGUUACGUCAGAUGAGAGAGCCUUGAAAAUUAUUUCAUGUAUAUCAGAAAAUAUUGGAGAAACGGUUGUUGCUCUGCAGACAGAAGUGCUUAAAAUACAGCACCACCACAAAAUCCAGGAAGAGAAAGAAGCUUACAAAGAAAUCCAAGCUACCCAAACACAGAGAGAACUGAUUAAAAUAUCUUGGGAAAAUUUCUUGACUCAGACAUCAAACUAUGAGGCACUGAAGAAAGCAAAAAGGCUUCGUGAAACAUCAAUAGAUGCUUCCAGAUCUAAAGUAAAGAAUCAAAAUGUACCAGAACAUUCUACUGAUACUCCAAAACUCCACAGAACAAUCAGACCUGGUCGCUUCGUAACUGUGGAUAGUAUGCCUUGUCAGCACGGUGGAGGGCCGGCUGAUACAGAGCAUGCUCCUAGAAAGUCCUCUGUUUGCAAAGGAGCCUUUAAAAAAGAUCAAAAGACAUAA